CAGAGCUUGAAGAUUUUCUAGGAUCAUGCCGGCUGCCAUCCAUCUCCUGAGUUUGCUUUUCAUUUACUGGAAGAUACAGACAGUAUGGGGCGUGCAGCUGAGGAACCAUGGUUAUGAGAAUGUGAUUAUCGCUGUACAACCACAAGUGCCAGAAAAUCCACAAAUCCUCACCGCCAUUAAGGAUAUGGUUUCUGAAGCAUCGUUUUACCUGUUUAAUGCCUCUAAGAGGAGGUUCUUUUACAGAGAGGUGAAGAUUCUUAUACCAAGUACAUGGCAAACAUUCAAUUUUCAGAGGCCAAGAUAUGAAGAACAUCAAAAGGCAAGUGUUAUUAUCAGCAGCCCUAACAUAAAUUAUGGAAAUGAUCCAUACACUGUACAUUAUAAAGGCUGUGGAAACAAAGGCCAAUACAUACACUUUACUCCAGAUUUUUUAGUGGAUGAUAGCCUCCUUCCAGUUUAUGGACCAAGAGGAAAGGUAUUUCUCCAUGAAUGGGCUCAUUUUCAGUGGGGGGUAUUUGAUGAAUAUAAUUAUGAGGAGCCCUUCUAUGUUUCCGUUGACAAUAAGAUGAAAGCAACACGUUUCAAAACCUCUUACAGCAAAUUACAUGUAAGCAUUUUUGGUCCAUAUACAUUCAUCAGACGUUCUGACUGCCUGGAGCAGCAUUUCCAAUGUUCCUCUGAAAUCGUGGGCAUGUAUGUUUGCAAGAAACGCUCCUGCUCUGAUGGAGAAUGCAUCAUUGACCCUCAGACUGGGAAUUUGGAAGAAGGUUGUAUGUUCUUGGUUAACAGUACUCAAAAAGUGAAAGCCUCAAUAAUGUACAUGCAGUCUUUAUCUUCAAUUUUGGAAUUCUGUUCGGAAAGCAACCACGACAAGGAAGCGCCGAAUCUACAGAACAAAAUAUGCAGCUAUCGUAGCACAUGGGAUGUUAUUAAAAGUUCAGAUGACUUUAUAACCACUGGACCAAUGUCAGAAGCUGAAGUUCCACCACCUCCAUCUUUUUUAAUGCUAAAGUCCAGAGCAAGAGUGAUUUGCCUGGUUCUGGAUGUGUCUGGCAAUAUGGCCACGGGUCAGCGGUUCCAUCGACUACGACAAGCAGCAGCUAUCUUCAUCCAGCAACUGGUUGAGCCUGGCUCUUAUGUUGGCAUAGUCACAUUUAACGAAACAUCCGAAGUAAGAAGCCCUUUGUACCUUACUGUCGGUGAUGAUGUGCGAUGGAAUCUUACUUCAAGUCUUCCAGAUACCUAUAGUGGGAAUAUGUCUAUCUGUGAAGGCAUCUCAGCUGGUUUGCAGGUAAUCAAAAGCCUUGAAGGAGCUACAGAAGGGGCUGAAAUCAUUUUGGCAGUUGGCGGAAGGGACACAAAUUUGCAUACGUGCUUAUCAAAAGUUUCAGGGAGUGGCUCAGUUAUCCACACCAUCGCAGUAGGGGUGGAUGCUGACCCUGAACUCGAAUCCUUAGCAGAAAGCACAGGAGGAAAAAUGUUCUUCACCUCAGACAGUAACGAUUCAGACCAUCUGAUUGGAGCAUUUACUGAAAUAUUUCCUGUGAACCAAGACUCUCCAGAUCUAUGUAUAAAGUUAACAAGUGUCCAAAGACGUAUUCCACCAGAAGGUCAGUUAUCUGGAUCUGUCAUUAUGGACAAGACUGUGGGAAAUAAUACAGUGUUCAUUAUUACCUGGCAGGCUUCUGAUCCUCCUAAUGUUACUAUCCAGGAUCCAUCAGGUUACAAUUAUACAAAUGAAAACCUUGACCAUGAUCUAAUAUCUCGAGCAUCUUAUCUAAAAGUUCCUGGAACAUCACAGGUUGGCUCUUGGACAUAUAUGAUAACUAACUCAUUAAAAAUCAGCCAGGUUCUUGGCAUUUUAGUUACCUCCAGACCAUCAUCAUACACCAUUCCUCCUGUGACUGUCACUGGUGAAUGGACUGAGGAAAGGAUCACUUUUCCGCAGCUGGUGACUGUCUUUGCGGAACUUAAGCAAGGGCAUACAACGGUACUGGGAGCUCAUGUGACCGCCAUCAUCGAGUCAGAAUCCGGAGAAUCUAUCAUUGUGACACUCAAUGACAAUGGUGCAGGUGCUGAUUCCGUCAAAGAUGAUGGCAUAUAUUCCAGAUAUGUAUUUCAGUUCCCUACCAAUGGUAGAUAUGCACUGAAAAUUCUUGCCACUUGGACAAAUGCUACCUUAACGGAGCCUGCACUGAACAACAGAGCGAUGUAUGUUCCAGGAUACAUAGAAAAUGGCACCAUCAAUAUGAACCCUCCAAAACCACUAAUCGCUACUGAAGUACUAAGUUCUAAUGAGCCAUUCAGCAGAAUCUACUUUCCUGGGAGUCUCAAAGUAACCAAUGUCUCAGAGGAAACAGUUCAUGAAGAUGUUUUUCCUCCAUGUAAAAUAACUGACCUUGAAGGAAGACUAAAAAAUGACCAUAUACUGUUAUCGUGGACAGCUCCGGGGGAUGACUAUGACCAAGGAUCUGCAUUCAUGUACGACAUCCGAAUGAGCAGUAGGCCAUCCGAUUUACAUCAAGAAUUUUCCAGGACAGUGUUCAUCAAUGCUUCAUCUCUUCAACCAAAAAAUGCCGGCAGCAGAGAAACCUUCUCAUUCAGACUUCACAAUGUGACUGGUGAAAGGGGCACCAUCACCUACAUUGCAAUCCGCUCAACUGAUAAAGCGUUGCAACAAUCAGAUAUAUCAAAUCUGGCUCAUGUCACCAGACGUGUGCUCCGGGAAGAAGAUAUAAACUUUGCCUAUACCUCAACUCAUGCCAAGUAUAAUACAACAAGUGUCAUCGUCAUUACUGUAUCUGUAGUUUCUCUGUGUCUUACGUUAGGCAUUGGCCUGUACUGCUGGAGGAAACAGACCUCAUAUAUAAUACUGAGCCAUGAUGACAAUAUAGAGUUACAGGAAAGAUCUAGAUCAAUGGAAGAAGCACAGACUUCUCUGGAGUGCCACGAUCAAAAACUGCCUCUGCAUGUGACAUCCAAUGAUGAUAUUUUAGAAGAAACUGUAAUAAUUUUAGAGGAAUGAACAGAUUGUUAAAUAAAACUAGGAUGA